GAUUGCACUGACACUGAACCAUUUCGCACCGCUUUGUUAGGCUCUAUCUUUUUUUUCCAACUUUCCACGUUAAACCCUUUCAUUUCUUUGCUGCACUCAAACCCUGCACGAAUCAGAAGCCACAGUGAUUCAUCAACCAAGCUACCAUGUCAGACGAUGAGAGAGAGGAGAAGGAGUUGGAUCUCACUUCUCCUGAAGUCGUCACCAAGUACAAGAGUGCAGCUGAGAUUGUUAACAAGGCUUUGCAGUUAGUUAUUUCAGAAUGUAAACCGAAGGCUAAGAUUGUAGACAUUUGCGAGAAAGGGGAUUCAUAUAUUAGAGAGCAAACUGGUAACAUGUACAAGAAUGUGAAGAGGAAGAUUGAGAGAGGUGUUGCCUUCCCAACAUGCUUGUCUGUAAACAACACUGUAUGUCACUUCUCUCCUCUCGCCAGUGAUGAAACAGUGUUGGAAGAAGGUGAUAUACUGAAAAUUGAUAUGGCUUGUCAUAUAGAUGGGUUCAUUGCUGCUGUGGCGCACACACAUGUUCUUCAGGAGGGGCCAGUUACAGGACGGACAGCUGAUGUCAUUGCAGCAGCAAACACUGCUGCUGAAGUGGCCUUGAGGCUUGUAAGGCCAGGAAGGAAGAACAAGGAUGUAACUGAUGCAAUUCAGAAGGUUGCUGCUGCCUAUGAUUGUAAAAUUUUGGAGGGUGUUCUUAGCCACCAAAUGAAGCAGUUUGUGAUUGAUGGGAAUAAGGUUGUUCUAAGUGUUUCUAAUCCAGAUACAAAAGUUGAUGAUGCAGAGUUCGAGGAGAAUGAAGUUUAUUCAAUUGAUAUUGUGGCAAGCACUGGGGAAGGCAAGCCUAAGCUGUUGGAUGAGAAGCAGACAACUAUUUAUAAGAGGGCUGUUGACAAGAGCUAUCACUUGAAGAUGAAAGCAUCUCGGUUCAUUUUCAGUGAAAUAAGUCAAAAAUUUCCAAUCAUGCCAUUCUCUGCUAGGGCUUUGGAAGAGAAAAGAGCUCGUCUUGGUUUAGUGGAAUGUGUGAAUCAUGAGCUCCUGCAACCUUACCCUGUCCUGCAUGAAAAGCCUGGUGAUUAUGUUGCACACAUCAAAUUCACAGUUUUGCUAAUGCCAAAUGGAUCAGAUCGUGUCACAUCUCACCCACUUCAGGAAUUGCAGCCUACCAGAACAAUAGAUGAUCCUGAUAUUAAGGCUUGGCUAGCAUUGGGCACAAAGACAAAGAAGAAGGGUGGUGGAAAAAAGAAGAAAGGUAAGAAGGGGGCUGAAGCUGAGCCCAUGGAGGCAACAAAUGGGGCCACAACAACAACCGAAGAUCAAGAGCAAGAGCAAGAUUGAAUCCCCCGAAAAAAUAUCUCUUUUGAUUUCUCUUUUGAUCUCUUUCAAUUUUGUUACAUUUUUCAUUAGGUUGUAUGUGCUUGAAUGUGAAUUUAGUAUAACUUUCGGACACCCAAUGAUAAUGGGAAUUUCCUUGUACACGUUGAAGUAGUCUUUGACCUGAAUGCUCUACGCCUGAUUAAAGCAUAUAUGCCUGUUUUGUUGAGGGUAUUAUUUGAAAACACCAGUUUAUGUUCGGAAAUGUCUGUUCUUUACCUCGCUUUUGA